AUGAUUAGACUUCCGUUUUUCUAAUCGAAACGGAAAACGCAGUUGAUUUUUUUUUAUAACACACAUGAUUUAAACAGAACUAGAUAUUAUGACUAAUCGUUUAUUUUACCAGUCAGUAAGUGAUUUCUCAGUUUCAAUGAUAAGUUUUAUUUAUUAAGUUAUGUUUUGUGUUUCUGUGACGAACAAUAAUUUUUCUUUACUGAAGUUAAAUAAAUAAAAUAUUUUUUCAAUAAAAUUAUAAAAUAAUAAAAAGUAAAAAAACAAAUAAAAAUAAAAUAAAACAAUAAAAAUAAUAAAUAAAUAAAUAAAUAAUACCUAAUAAUACAAAUAAGAAUAAAGUAAUAGUAAUAAUAAUAUUUCACUAAAAUAGUUGUAGUAAUUAAAAAGAAAAAAUAAUUUAAAUAAAGAAUUUUGGAAACAAAAUUACAAUUUUUUUUUUAAAUUAAACUUCGCGAAAAUAUUUGACAAUGUUUUGUAAACAUUCAUUUUUCUUAAUUUCGUAAUGAAAACUUUUUUUCCUAAUGUUAAAAACGAAAAAAAGUAGUUUAUUGAAAUUUCAAUGGAAAUGGAGGAUUCGGAAAAUUCGGAUCUCAAGUACCUUGAUAAAUUACUUGGUCCCCAACAAUUGCCAUUAAUAAUAGCAGUGCCUUUAAAUUUAAUUUAUAUAAUUAUAUUUUUUGUUGGAAUUAUUGGAAAUUUAGCGACAUGUAUGGUGACAAUAAAAAAUUCAUCUAUGCAAAAUAUUACCAAUUAUUAUCUCUUUAGUUUAGCUGUGUCUGAUUUACUUUUAUUAAUAAUAGGUCUGCCAAUUGACAUUAUGGAUAUUUGGCAUAGAUAUCCAUGGCAAUUGGGUUCAUUUUUCUGCAAAUUGUCUCACUAUAUUUUAGAAAUGUCAUGUAAUGUAUCUGUAUUAACGAUAAUGGCAUUUUCAUUGGAAAGAUACGUCGCUAUUUGUCAUCCUUUUCGUCUUCAAGGAAUAAGCGGUUUUAAAAGACCAAUAAUUGUGAUUUUUGGUUGUUGGCUGACGGGAAUUAUUACAGCCAUUCCAACAGCUUUAAAUUCUAUAGUUUCAUCAAUGUAUUAUUUUCAAGGUAAAUUAAUUCUGUCCGAAAAAUCGGCUCUAUGUGCAACGCGAAGAUUUCAAUACCCUUAUUUAGAAAUAAGUUUUGUAGUAUUCUUUUUAGUGCCAAUGAUUUUAAUUACUAUUUUGUAUAUAAAAAUGGGAUUGAAAAUUCAUAGAAGUACAAAUCAUACAAUUUCUGAUCAACAAUCAAUUAGUUUCGAAUCUAAACAAUUACAGGCAAGAAAGUCGAUAAUCAAAAUGCUAUGUGCAGUGGUAGUUACGUUUUUUGUAUGUUGGGCACCAUUUCAUACACAAAGAAUUUAUAGCAUCUAUUCAAACUAUGCAUCGGAUGAGCUGUUCAUUCUCAGUGGCUUAUCAUAUUAUAUGAGCACGGCUGCCAAUCCAAUUUUGUACAAUGUCAUGAGCACACGUUAUAGAGCAGCCUUUAAAGAAACUAUAUGUUGCAUUUCAAUUUCAAUUAAAGUUAAGAAAAACACUGAUUCAACAAAACAAAAUGAAAACAAUAUUUCUGAGAAUAAUGUCUAAUUUUCGCGACUAAUUAAUUAUA